AUGGAUUGGUUUAGCAGUGACAUCUCAAACUUUGACCACAAUGCACAUUCGGUCUACGAACUGGUCUUGAGAAUUACGAAAUACCUACAGCACCCCUGCCUCGUUCUUCAACCUUCUUACCCCACACUUUACCUAACAUGCCGUUGUUGCUGUUUCCUCCAGAAUGAACCCAUAGUCAGGGACAAUGGACUCUUUCGGGGAUCCUCCACUCUUCCCUCCACCCCUCCCAUCUUGCAUCCCCAUCCCACCACUCACGUCGCAGCAAUCGUUCUCCGCGUCUGA